AACACUAGGACUUUUGUUUUGGAAAGCCGCUAUGUGGCGGUCGCCAUUAUUCUUCCUGGCUUGACGGUCGUAAGAAAGACGGUUAAAUACUUUAAAAACAUUAUUGUUAGAGGUGAGGUGAAACGCGGUCAGUGUACCUAUGCAGUCGGUUGAGUAACUCAUGAAUUAGCGACACAUCCUGUGCACAGAAUGGAGAAACGAUCCAAUACUACAGGUGCCCUUCCCCUGGCCUCCCUUCGAUUGAUGGCCUCCCCUCUGCAGCUGACCUACUCGUACAUGUGGCAGGUCAUACGGCAGAGAAAUGUGAAGCUGUAUGGGAAAGUGGAGGAGUUUGUCACCAUGGUGACACAGACCGUUCCUGAGCUUAUGAGUUUCAAGCAGACAGCCCAACUCAUUUUGGGGCUGAGAGCAAGGAUCAUUUUGGAUUUGCUUCACAAAGAGGGCCCACCAGAUUCCAAGGCCAUUCAAACUCUAAUAAAUAAGUUGAAGGUCUCUGCACCUUCAGUGAAGGAUUCAGAAGUGGAAAAAUCUCAAACAAACUUCAUGGUUCUGGUCCAGAAUCUGCUUAAAAACCCAGCUGAGAGGAAGCGCUUCUUCCAGGAAGUUUUCCCUGUUCAGUAUGGCACAAAGUUUGAUACAGCACUGCAGGCUCUGAUUGCAGGUCUGGUGUGCAAGCUAGAGCAACUUCUUCCUGUUCCCAAUCUGUCACAGCUUGGUACCAUGAUUUCAACAGAGCCCACUGUCCUGGAGGCAUGUGGAGGCUUGAUCCCUGACUCCAGCGACCUGAAGACUCUCCUUCUACACCAGCAGGCAAAGGGACUCCUUGGUGUUAAAGCAACCAUCUCAUCCUCAGUGGGCGACUGUGUGCUCUCUUCACUCGCCUUCCGUUCCAAACCGGUAGAACCACCAGCACCACCCAAAUCACCAAAGCGAUUAGAGGUUGCCGUCAACGAAACAAGCCCAACCUCCCUCAGUGAAACCGAAGACUUGGGAGUGAUGUCAGAUGACUCUGACAGCCCAGCAGUCCCUAAUACAGGACCACAAAGAAGAGGGCAAUACAGUCUUAGAACAACUGAUGGCAGUGCUGCAAAGGAAAAGAGUGUAACAACAAGAGAUCAGACAGAAAGUUUGGUGCAAGAGAAGAGUUGUACACAGGAACAGUCUGCCAUGACACUACAAAACAAAGAGGACCAUGCAGCACCAGCAGCACCAGAGAAACCACAAGCACAACGGGAGCUGCCCUUAAAAUCAAUCCCCUUCAGGGUAGUUCAAAUUCCAGUCAAAACUGCAUCCACCAUACAGAAUGCGGGCAGUGCAGGAACAAAAGACGGCCAAAAGCCACACACUCAGCGAGUCACAUUACACCAGUGGGUGUCGCAGAUUGCCACCAACUCCAUCUCACUCCCAGCCCUGCCGCCACUUCCUCCAGCCAAAUUCAGUGCAGGGGAUGACUUAAAGCCCAGCAUAAGAAAAAAGAAGCAGAUUAGACCUCCAGCUGAUAGGUUCACUUGCGGUGUUUGCGAUAAGAGUUUCCCUUAUCAGUCCAAGCUAAUGGACCACGAGCGCAUUCACACAGGAGAGAAGCCGUUCAUUUGCACGGCAUGCAACAAAAGCUUCAGAACACAGGCGUUCCUCAACAACCACCUGAAGACCCACAGCACGGUCCGUCCUUAUGCCUGUGGACAGUGCGGCAAGUGUUUCACCAAAUUGCAGACCUUGACGAAGCACAUGCUGGCCCACAGUGGCCAAAAGCCCUUCUACUGCAACAUCUGUAACAAAGGCUUCACGCAGUCCACCUACUUCAAAAGACACAUGGAGUGCCACACAAGCCAGAUGACAUUCCCCUGCAAGCACUGCAGCAAAAGCUUCCCUACGGCUUUCAAGCUGUCGAACCACGAGCGUUGGCACACCAGAGAUCGUCCUCACAUGUGCGAGCGUUGCGGGAAGAGAUUCCUCGUCCCCAGCUUGCUGAAGAGACACAUGGGCUACCACAUUGGUGACCGUCAGUAUCUCUGCUCCCAGUGCGGGAAGACCUUUGUCUAUUUGUCUGACCUGAAGAGGCACCAGCAAGACCACGUGCCUAAAGCGAAGAUCCCUUGCCCUGUUUGCCAAAAGAAGUUUUCAAGCAAGUACUGCCUGAGGGUUCACCUGAGGAUCCACACCAGAGAGAGACCCUACCGGUGCUCCAUAUGUGAAAAGAGCUUCACUCAAGUCGGGAAUCUGAAGGUCCACAUCAGGUUACACACCAACGAGCGCCCGUUCAGCUGUGAUGUGUGUGGAAAGACCUACAAGUUGGCAUCCCAUCUGAAUGUCCACAAAAGAACUCAUACGUGCAAGAAGCCCUGGACGUGUGACACAUGCGGAAAGGGAUUCUCCGUCCCCGGCCUUCUUAAGAAGCACGAGCAGCUGCAUACGAGGGACGCUAACCCUGACUUCUCUGGUAAACGGAGACACAGGGGUAAGCACAAGAAGCACUCCCUCAAGAGGAAGUAUGAUGAGGAGGAUGAAGGCAGUGAUGAUUAUUAGGAGAAGAAACUUUUAGUGAAAACGAUGCUUUGAUUAGGGGUUUCAGGGCUGAUGCUGAAAACUGAUAACCAAAAUCGGCUAAUUCAGAAAGCUACUACAUAAGUGACCCUUUGAACCAUGUAAUUUUCUAAGUUUAUGUUUUUCCAAGGUUUGUCUGAUCAUUGAAUUUAAAGACUUCAAGUUACAAAUUAAGUUAUGGUGGGUAUUGCUAAUUAACCUAAAAUGUCACAUUUUGUGAGAUUUAAAGGUGGCAAUGGAGAUUUUUUUUAUUUUUUUCCUAAACACUGUGCUUUUCAAGAUGCCACCUGAAUAUAACCGACAUUUGAGAAAAGGGUAUCAUGUAAACAAAACAAGUAUUUCAAUGCAUGCGACUGUAGUUGUUUUGUCUGCUAAUAAAACAUUUUAGUGUUACUAGGAAACUUUUUAACUUUGUGACUGUAUCCUUGUGGAAAUUGUUACGAGUAAAACUACUUUUACCAUAUGCUUUUGUAUGUAACCCUGAACUGUAAACAUUACUCCACUGUUGUUUUAGAGUGAAAAUAGGCUGAUUUGUGUUUAUUAGGAUUUCACUUUUUAGUUGCAGUUUUGUUGCUCAAAUGGUGUUCGGUUAAUGCAAAAAAACAAACAACAACAACAAAAACAGAGAUUUAAUCUCGUGACAACACAGUAAAUAUUAUGAAUAUGUAUGAUGAGAUUGUGCAUCUCUUUCCUAUUACAUAACCCAUAGUGAGCAGCCAUGUAUAUAAUCCAUUAAGUGAUAAACCUGUUAUUAUACAGUUUUUUGUUUGUUUUUGAUUCUUUCCAAUAAAAUAAAUACAUACUGCAAAGGACUCUUGUCUUAUGGCUUUGUUUUCUUGUGAAUGUCGUUUUAAUUCCGCUGCAGUCUUGACCAAUCUAGUCAUCAUGUGCCCUGACGAGGGACCGAAAUGUGUAUUUGUGUCAAGUCAAUCAAGUGGCGACACGACAGCUGGCAUAUUGACAGUUUUUGAAAGUACAGCCGUGAAAAGUAGGCGUCCUUCUUGCACUAGCGAUGUGUUGGUGUUUUACGUGCUAGCGGCAGCUGUUUCCUUCAUAUGCAAACAAUGUGCAUUUUGCGAGACCAGAAUAUAGUAGCUUAUUUGCACUGACCCCGUAUCUCGCUAAGCAAAGCCGUCAUCACGCAUUCAGGUUCAUCUUCAUGGCUCAAGGCACAAGCGCCGCGUCCGCACACAGCCGGGCUGUAACCUGGCAACGGUCAACGGUCUUCUGAUUGGCUCAAAUAAUACGACGUCGUACAAGCGACAGCAGAGAGGAGCGCCAUUUUGAAAAGAAAAAAAAAAUCACUAGCCACCCCACUUGUUGGAUAUUAUUGGUUCAAGAACAAGAAAAAAGUUAAUGAUUGUCUAUGAUGCAUUAAGAAAAAUAUUUUAAUGUUAUUUUCCAAACAUUGUGUUUUUCAAGAUGCCGCCAGAAUACAGCUGACAAUACAGCUGAGAGAAGGGUAUUAUGUAAACAGUAAAAUGUAUUUCAGUACAUGCGACUGCCCUCACUGCUCAGUCAGUCACAGUUUGUCCAGGAUGUGGACACUAAUGAAUGGCUCCAACGCUGUGUCUGAUGUGUGCCUUUGCCUGGCAGGCGAUCCAGUGUGCUACAUUAUGAAAAGGUGGAGGAGCUGGUGAGGUUGGUGAUGGAGCUGGCUCCAGAGCUGUGGAUAUCCAGAGAGAAAGUCCAGCUCCUGCUUAGACUAAGAGGAAAGGCAAGAAGGACAUUUUUUCCCCCCAACGUUUCUUUCCUCCACCUGUGAUGAGCAGAACAAGUUCCUCUGUUGUCCCUGUAAGAGACAGAAGGGAAAGGUUGCUGAACCAUGGGCAGCACGUCAGGAAGGCCUAUCACGGGUUCCCCGACCAGACCUCUCAGCAGUAGAGCCAACACACAACCGGAAAAGGCCCCGUAUUUGUUCACCCACUGAGGUGUCAGCUGUGAGUGGAUCAACCUGUGCUGCCGGGCUGCCCUGCUGAUUAGUUCAUUGAAACUUACAUCUAGCCAAUCAUCAUUCAGGGACAUGGUCAUAUAUAGGCCAGCACACCUGUCUGCGCUCUCUCUCUCGCUCUUUCUGGACAUUGGUGUGUGUUUGUCAAGCAGAAAAACAUAAAGGUAAAAGUAUGUGGUGGGAGAUUUUGGCAAAGUAGGUGAGUUUGGAGUACCCUAUACAUUUGUGCAGCACAUAGUGGUUUUUUGUUAAUGCACACUAGGGUUAUUGGUUGGUGCCACCCACUGUAUUUGAUUUAUUUAAGUCUUUUUUUUUUAGAUCAGAGACAGGUAGGCCUUUUGUUUGUUCUUUUGUUCUUAGCAGUUGAGUGUAGUUAGGCCUAGUUUUUUGUACUGUUUUUCGAUUGUUUUGGCACAACCACUUAUUCCCAAUUCUCCCCCACAUUUGUUUAGGUUAAUUUCUGUUGUUCCCGUUGUAUUUGGUUUCCGAUGGAAAAUAAAAACAUUUUUACUUUUCUCCACCACAUGGACUCCUUCAAAUUGUUUGGUUGAGGUGUUACAGCUUCCAGCAUUCCCCUAGCUUCCACCUCAAUGGGGCUGUAACACACGUUCAAACUGCUACUGCAAAUUUUUAAAGCAAAAAUGUCAAACAUUUUGUGCUUCAAGCCACACAUGUAACCUUAUCCUGUUUUGGUUAUUUCACCACAUGGUCAGUCCCUUCCUGACCAUGUGGUCAGGAAGGGACUGGUAUUCUGAGACUUUGCCAUGAAUGGGCAUUCUCUAAGUUCCAUGAAAGACUGGUGUCAACAUAUCUCAGGUCAGAACUGGGUAUCAUCAUGUGCAGUGCUCUGUGCUGAUGACUCCUGUUUCUUCCUUCAGCUCAAGAAAGGACACAGACUGAUGAAAAAGGCUGGACAGAAAUAAACAGAAUGCAAACUUUCUGCCUGCAAAAAAACAUUGAUUUCCACUUGUUUGGUGUGGAUGGAUUUUGCAAGGAAUCCGUCAAGCAAGCUGUGCUCUCUGCUUCAAAAAUAAAACCUCACGUAGAUGUGACUGGCUGCUGUGACGUAUCAGAGGUCACAACAGCUGACACCGCUCUCUCCACACUGCCCAGUAUUUACCCCUCACUGCCACUGACCCCAGACUAUUACAGUGUCACUUCAACGGCGACACAUAAGGUGGUCAACAGAAAAUCGCUCGCCGCUCGUCUGACCCUUCGACCUCAUCCAAAGGAAACCCCCCACUGGACUGCUGCUUAUGGAGGCAACCACAUUGACUCAGAAAGUUCUCCCACAGUGAGCUCACUGGGUCACACACUCUAUAACCAAGGGCCUAUUGAAGACUACCACAUUGCCAAACCAACUCUUCAUAACCACCCAUCUGUUUCUCAUCCACCUCUAGCAGACAAUCAUAAUGACGUCCUGCUACGCAGCUUCAGAUUGAGGACAAUACAGUCACCGCCACCAUCAAACAAAAUACCGUCCACUCAACUCUUUCCAGAUGUGUCACCAACCUUAAUGACCUAGCAAUUAUCAAUAGCUCAGAGCUUGGAUACAAUCCAACAUCCGUCCUCAGCUGUGAAUCAGGAUAUAAUGUCUCAGCUCAAUGUAACAACUCAGGAUGUGUCAUCAACUGCAUUAGUGGGUCAGCUGGCACUGUCUGGACAAACUGAAUUGGAGUCCACAUACUCAGUGUCCUUGUUGGAGCUCCCAGUGAAGACCUUUACCCCAGCUCUACCCUCUGACUUUUUUGGUGAACAACUUGAGACGCUUGAUAUUAUAAAGCCAGUAUUUACAGUAGAGUCUCUCAAAGCAUCAUCACCUAUGAUGCCGCCAUUACAGACUUUCUCCAUAUCUCUUCCACUGCAACAAACACUCCAUACACUGCUAUCUGGGAAGUCUUAGUUAGUGGAAUGACACAUAUGACCUACCCGGCUCCAUUUUCAGUAUUUGAGAGCGUCACACUAUUGUCUGAGGACCAUUUUGAUCCAACUGCUCCCUCUGCUGUCCAGGAACCAUUCACUACAAACUUCACUGAUGAAAUCCAGUUACUUGUUCGUUCCUUUCCAUUAUGUAGCCAGUCUGUGGCACAGGAACUUGUCUCUGUAAGUGGGUGGGCCGCACAAAUCAAAAGUACCUACCUCUAUAGCACAGCUGAGCCCGUGACAAGUGACAAGUUAUUCACAAGAUAAGAAGUAUUGGACUGCUUUUCAAUCACAGUUUUUAAUGACUGGUUCAAAUGGACAGUUCUUUUCAACCCAGGCAUCGAACCCAGCAAUGCAUCUGUCUGCCUGUACAACUACAGAAAUAAACCAUGUAACAG